CGUGCGUCAUGACGUUGACCCGGAAGUAUUAACUACCGAAUGCCAAUCGUUUUCUACAGCGAGACUUUAUUUUGUGGAUGGCAUUCAGUUCACCACGAUUUUAGUCGUUGGUUUAAAACGUUCAUUGUUACCUUUCACAUUAUCUGCCAACGUUAACCGGAGCACCAUGAUGUCUGCGACAAUGCUUCUCAAGCUGCAGAUGAGCCAGCGACUGGAGGCGGCUGUAGAGGAGAUCUUCGAACUGGUGGAGAAGACGUUGUCGGAGUAUCAGGAGGAAACUGUCCGUAGCAAGAGAGAAAUCCUCCAGCUGAGAGGGCAAAUCGAGCAGCUGACCGUCCUUAAACCGAGAGUUGUAUUAUUCAGUGCAGAUGCACACCUUCCACAACAGCUCCCUGAGCUUCCUGUUCUUGGGGAAACAGAGAUCCAUGAGGUCAAACAGGAGGAAGUGUAUCAGUAUAUCAAUGCUGACGUGGAGGCUGAUUCUUCAAAAGAUGGUGAAUCAAAACCUGUCCCUAGCUGUGAGAUGCUCACAUCCUCCACAGCUGAAACCUUGAGUGUAAACCAAAGCAAGGAAGAAGAGGGGAAAGAAAGAGAUGGAUCAUUGUUGCCUUCCCAGAGUGAUAGCGUUGAGGUCUUUAAGGAACUGGAACAGCCUUCGAGAGACAAAGCAUAUUGCCGUCUUUGUGGUGAACAAUUCAUCUUUGAUGCUCAUCUUAGAAGGCAUGUAGACGAGAGCCACAAAGGGAACAAGGCCUUUAAAUGCAUGCAUUGCAACAAGGAGUUUGAUCAAAGGCACCAUCUGAUUAUGCAUAUAAGAAUUCACACAGGGGAAAAACCCUUUACUUGUGAUUACUGUGACAAAUCCUUUGUUCAGAACUCAUGUCGUGUUGUUCACAUGAGGUUGCAUACUGGGGAAAAACCGUAUUUUUGUAAAAGUUGCAAUAAAAGUUAUCGCACAAGUACUCAUUUUAAACUUUGCGAAAUGCGAAAAAAGCGCAAGAUAGCAAAAGAAAAGCAGAAUGAAGGAAAGGAUAACCAAAAACACUUUAAAUGCCAUGAAUGCAACAAGGAGUUCAAUCGGAAGCACCAGCUGGUUCUGCAUGCAAGAGUUCACACUAAUGAAAAACCCUUCAGUUGUGACUUGUGUCACAAAACUUUCAGAUACAACUUUAAUUGCUUGGCUCACAUGAGACGGCAUACUGAAAACCCCAAAAAAUACUUUUGUGAGAAAUGCGACAAGACCUUUGCCUGUAGCACACAUCUUACAUUGUGCAAAGGGGCAAAAGGGAAAAGCGAAGAUAAGUCCUUUCGGUGUUCAACAUGUGGUAGAACAUUUUACACAGAUUCCGACCUGAAGGUGCAUAUGGAGGUUCACGAGUCAUGGAAACUACACAUCAGUGAGAAAAGGCAAGGACAGAACGUGUGAGAAUGUGUGUCUUCUUAGUUCCUUAUUCAAAUUACACAUUCAAAACAUCCUCAGUAGCUGUUGGGUUGGGAACACUACAGUCACUAGUUCAAUUUCCCAAAUGAAAAAAAAGUAUGGAUUGGACUCUGAGGUGCUACUUUACCAGUUCACCUCCUGUUUACUGCCAAAGUGCCGUUGAUCAAGGCACCAGACUGCCCACUGCAUCCACGAAGAUGGAAUUAAUGCAUGCAGAUACCGAAUUUAACUGUUUGCGCAUGUGUACAUUUGUGUGAUGGUAUAAAGAGGAUUUCAUUUGAUUCCAGCUUUUAAACAUUUUUACAUUGUUUUUGUUCAAACACUUUUGUAUAUUUACAUUUUAUCAAACUAACAUUUUGUACACUAUUGUAUGGCAGGGAA